AUGACACCUAUCCAAAUGAUCCACAUCCACUACCGUGGCAAAUUCCUCUCCCUCCUCGACUCAGACGACGCCACACCGCUGUACACCGUGAAAGUGUGCCGCGAAACACCGCAAAUGGAACUCGUGCGGAUGAACCGGAGUGCCGCAGCCCAGAACACGAGUCCCCAAAUACCGGAACCAUGCACUGCAUCCUUCAAUUACUUGAGCCUAAACGUCUCCCUCAGCAUAAGAGGUAUACAAGUCCGUCUCAAACGCCACGGCACGUUCUCACGCACUUAUGCCUUCGAGAGCACUGCUUCCCCCGGCACGACGAUGCUCUGGGAAGCGGAUGGUGCGCUGACGGGGGAUUUCAAGUUGAGUGAUCAGUUUACGGGCCGGGUUGUGGCGAGGUUUCGGAAUAGGCUGUUUUCUACCUCGGAAGUUGGGUCGUUGGAAAUGAUUGGGGAGGUGGAAGAGGUGCUGCAGGAGGAGAUUGUUAUUAGUUGUUUGGCGGUGCUGGUUAUGGUGCAGAGCUUGAAUUUGGCGACCAUGGUUUUGGUUGGAGGGAGUCCGUAG